UGGUUACAAUUUUCAAGCAGCUUUUCAAGAAAUCGAAAAUCACUUUCUACGCUAUCGAGUCUUGAAAAUCGAUCUGCAGGUCUCUACAUCCCUGGCGGCUCCUAACCUAACGGAAGAUCAGCGCGGCACGGAGGAAAAAUUUCUAAAACGACCUCGACUUGAAAGGACUGCCCGACGAGACCGCGAGUAAGGAGUAAGGUUAGACGCCGCAAGGAUGUCAGCAGAGGAACAGCCGGAGUUUCGAUUGGGACCGGAUCCUAAUGUCACUUAUCCUAUUCGGGUCCAGUACUGCGGGAACUGUUCGCUACCCAUCGAGUACUGCGAAUACUAUCCGGAAUAUGACAAGUGCAAGCAGUGGCUGGAGAGAAAUCUGCCUACCGAAUUUGAGAAGAUGAAAUUAGCUACAGAGGAUGGCUCCACCGAAGUCAGCACAGGGGAGGAUGAGAAGAAGCGGCAGAAGCGAGGCGGUAAGGGUAUGCUGAAAACCAAGAAGAAAGAGGAUAUACCACGGUUGGUGACCAUCUCUAGAGCACCUAGAGGAAAGAAGAAAUCUGUCACAGUUGUAACUGGCCUUAGCACUUUUGACAUCGACUUAAAGGUAGCAGCGAAAUUUUUCGGCAGCAAGUUUGCCUGUGGAUCCAGUGUGACUGGCGAUGAUGAGAUUGUCAUACAGGGAGACGUCAAGGAUGACUUAUUCGAGGUGAUACCUGAGAAAUGGCCACAAAUUGACGAGGACUCUAUAGACGAUCUUGGAGAUCAAAAGAGAUAAUAAGGCUAUCCACUAUUACGCACGCACAAUAAUUUAAUUAUACACUAUUUCCAGUCGUGUUUAUUAUAAAUAAAAUGUACAUACGCAAAAUAUA